CCCACAUCCAGAAGCCUGGUGCCACCAAUCAAAUUUGACGGCCACACAAUCUCUCCCCUCCGAUCUAUCCGCCCACCGGCGGACUUUUACACAAAUAUCGUACCCGGAUAAGCCUCCACUUUCCACAAAUCACCUCUCCAACCCCAUUUCUUUGUGUUACACAGGAAAAAAUUCCAAUUUUUUACCCGUUUGAACGCGAACCCAGAUUGGUUUUGGUAUCUAGAAACUGAACCUGUUAAUUGUCACACAUGAAAGCUUCCACUUUUUGUUUAAGGAAACAGAUAAAGAAAGCUUUUUCGAUUCAUUUGAUGCUAAACCCAGAUAGCAUUUGGUGUCUCAAGAACUGAAUCAGUUCCUUUUGGCACUUAAAAAGUUCCAAUUUUUAUUCUUUUUGACUCAUUUGAAGCUAUACCCAGAGAGCAUUGGGUGUCAAAGAAACUAACCCAAGAGUGGAAAAGAUUGCUACUUCUGUGAUUCAAUUUGCUUUCUUCAAGGCUGCAUGAGUUUGGAAGAACUCAAAAGCGAUUAUUGGUGCUUCAAAUUUGGGCACUUGAGGAAGAAGAAAUUAAAUAAGCAACAGCUAAAGCCAACAUGGCUAUGGUCACGGUUACAAACUAUAAGCUCUCUUUCAAUUUGUUUGACUUCUCUGCUACCAGAAGAGAAGCCUCUAUAUCGAGACAAGCUGCUUCUAGAAUUCGCCAUCGCUUCUCUUCUAGCCGAUGGUUGAAUCUCAGCUCCUCUUCUACUACUCAUAGGUUUGACAGCUUUAAAUCGAGGUGUUCAAUAACAAAUACUGAUGUACACUUCAACCAUGUGGCUACCGAGGAUGAGGAUAUAUCUGCAACAGAUAUUGGUUGUUGUUGUACAACUCCAAUACUUCAGCUCAAAUCUGAUGUUCUUGAGACUGAAUCUUUGAGUAUACUAACUGGGGAUGCUUAUGUAGAUAGUCUUUUGACAACAUUGCCAGUAUUAUCAGAGGAGGAGCAGAAAGCCCUUGCAGCAACCCCAGCGCACCCGGAGGGAUUGUAUGCUGCUAACUUUGAGGACAUUCAUAUCUCAGCAUUUUAUGCUAGUUGCCUGGCUGGGAAUUUAGUGGAACAGCUUUGGAAUUUUGCUUGGCCUUCUGCUAUCGCUUUACUUCAUCCAAGCCUUCUACCGGUGGCAGUCAUGGGAUUCUUUACUAAGCUUGUUAUAAUCGGUGGAGGCCCUUUGGUUGGCAAACUUAUGGAUCAUUCUCCAAGAGUACCUUCAUAUAUCUUUUUGAAUGUUGUGCAGGCUUCUGCUCAGUUGUUGUCAGCAGCAAUGAUAAUUCAUGCUCAUACUAUCUCCCCUGCUUCUGCUUCGUCUCUUCUUCUCCGUCCUUGGUUUGCUGUGCUAGUGUUAUCAGGGGCCAUCGAGAGGCUAUCUGGAGUGGCACUGGGGGUUGCCAUGGAGCGUGACUGGGUUGUACUGUUAGCUGGAAUAAAUAGACCAAUUGCACUGGCACAAGCAAAUGCUGUUCUCAAUCGAAUUGAUCUGCUCUGUGAGAUAGCAGGCACAUCAUUAUUUGGAAUUAUUCUCUCUAAAUAUGAUCCAGUAACCUGCUUAAAGUUUGCUGCUGGUUUGAUGAUGUGGUCAUUACCAAUUAUGAUUUCUCUGACAUGGUUAACAAACAAACUUUCUACUGGAGUUCUUGACCGCUCUAAAUGUUCACAAACCUGUUGCAGAACAUCUGAUGAGGAGCCUCUUCCAGAUGCUGAUAACUUUGUUAAUACAGGUUUGGAAGCCAUAAAGCUUGGAUGGAGAGAAUACAUACAGCAGCCUGUUCUUCCUGCAAGCCUAGCAUAUGUGCUCCUCUACUUCAAUGUUGUUCUCACUCCAGGCAGUUUAAUGACGGCAUUUUUAACUCAGCGUGGUCUAAAUCCAUCUGUCAUUGGGGGGUUUAGUGGAUUAUGUGCUUUUAUGGGUGUUGCAGCAACCUUUUUAUCUGCAACCUUGGUCAGGAGAUUUGGCAUUUUAAAGGCUGGAGCAGUUGGAUUAGUUUUUCAGGCUUCACUUCUCACCAUAGCUGUUGCUGUUUACCAAAGUGGAUCUCAUUCCCAGAGGAGUCCCCUUCUUUUCUUCUUGUGUUUGAUUGUAUUAUCAAGGUUGGGACAUAUGUCAUAUGAUGUUGUUGGGGCCCAGAUACUUCAAACAGGAAUUCCAUCAUCCAAAGCAAAUCUUAUUGGGACAACAGAGAUUUCUGUUGCAAGUUUAGCUGAGUCUCUAAUGUUGGGAGUUGCAAUAAUUGCAAAUGAUGUUUCACAUUUUGGAUUUCUAGCAAUGCUGUCACUUUUAUCAGUUGUUGGAGCCGCAUGGAUGUUCUGCCAAUGGUUGUUGAAUCCUACAGAAGAACAAAGAAGCCUUUUCUCUUUUGAUCCUCAAUUUCAGUUAUAAUGGCAAAGGCAGUCUGAAAGUAAUAUGAGCUGUGAAAUAUAUUCCAUAAUCCAUAUCUUCAACACUUUCCACAUCCAUUCAGAAGAUGCCUAAGGUAUAUAGUUUGAUCUCACACGGUUGCUCAGUGUUUUUAUCUCACACGGUUGCUCAGUGUUUUUAUUGUUUUAAAGUCUUUAGUAGUCUGAAUAAUUUAAACUCAACAAGAUGAGCAGCUGAUUUUGAUUUUUCUUAUUAUUACUAACAUUGUGCCCAACCUGUAUAAAUUUGUAAAGCAUUCAUCAAUUGAAAAAAAUUUUCAUGGAACUUUUAAGUAUUCUUAUUUGCCUUUGUCGUUCAAUAUGAUCGUAAAUAAAUUUCUUCUGGGGGUUAAUGUGAAUUUAACAUCGCUGAGAGAAUGAAUUGUAUAAGGAGAACAUGUAAAUGUAAUAAGCCAUCGUUAAUGAAGGCGUAUAACUUAAAACAUUGAUUCAUAUUAUCUGCUGGGGUAGAGCAACUCUGGAAUCCCUCGUCAGGCAUAGAUGCAGUCUUAUGUGUGGUAAGUGACAGAUGUUUUUGUAUAUUGCUACAUUAAACAAACGACUAA